GCAACAAGCUCAUUGUCCUGCAUACAGCGUACUCUCCCUAUGGAAAGGAGUGGGGGUGAUACAGGGGACUGCAUACGGCACACGUAUAGAUUUGUGGGUUCGAAUAUCACCUCAGUGAGAGGUCCGGGUCCCCCGAGCUGAGCCGUGCUAGGUAUAGAGCCGAUCACUACCUCUGUACUCUGCAAACAUCAGCUAAAUACCUACUUACUUGUGAUGUAUAAGAACUAGUGAGCCGAACCGGUACAACUCCCACUUGUCUGGGUCCUCUCUCACCCUCUUCUUUCCCGAUUCUUCGUCAAACCUGUCGAGGCGAAUCGCGACUGCUACUGCACCAUGUACAGUCUCGGAAAGGUAGCUGCGUUAGCAGCAUUGCAGUUUUCCCCUCUCUUCUUAGGACUGGGAACCGCAAGCUCGCUGCCUCCUCACGUGGAGAGGCUAAUCCGGAAGCAAGUCCCGGCAGAGCCAACUGAUGUCAAAACCAUCACGUCGCCUGGAGGCUCCACAAUCCGUUACAAGGAACCGGGUAUUUGUGAGACCACGCCUGGAGUCAAAUCCUACUCGGGUUAUGUGGACGUCGACGAAGAAACUCACAUGUUCUUCUGGUUCUUCGAAGCGAGACACAACCCCGACGAAGCGCCUCUAACUUUGUGGCUCAACGGAGGGCCGGGCUCUGACUCGCUGAUAGGUCUAUUUGAAGAGCUUGGUCCUUGCAAUGUCACUCAUAAUGGUACCUCGGUCGUGAACCCGUACGCAUGGAACGAAGUGAGCAACCUUCUGUUCCUGUCGCAACCCCUUGGCGUCGGUUUCUCCUACGCCGACGAGGUCGUCGGGGUCAUCAACGAGACCUCUGGGGUGCCUGUCAACUCAUCUACGCCUGACGGCCGGUAUAGCGAUGUCGACCCAUACAGGUUUGAUACGACAGAGCUAGCUGCUAAGGGUACUUGGGAGGUUCUGCAAGGCUUCAUCCAAAACCUCCCUUCCCUCGACGAGACUGUGAAAUCUCGCAGUUUCAACCUCUGGACCGAGUCGUAUGGAGGUCACUACGGGCCGGCAUUCUUCAAUUAUUUCUAUGACCAGAACGAGUUAAUUAAGAACAAGACCAUUCCUGGGGUUGAGCUCAACAUGCAUACCCUCGGCAUAAUUAACGGUAUUAUCUCGGAAAGAAUCCAGGCUCCAUACUAUGCCGCCAUGGCCUAUAACAACACGUACGGUCUCAAGGCCGUUAAUGAGACGAUGUACAAUUAUAUGUUGAACAACUACUACUUCCCAGGCGGUUGCCGAGAUUCCAUCGAUCAAUGCUUCUCUGCGGAUCGCUCGACACCUGAUGGCAAAGCACUCUGCUCUCAAGCCACUGCCAUUUGCCGGUCGUUAGUGGAAGGUGUAUAUUAUGUCGUGAGUGGACGAAACGCGUACGAUAUUCGAGCGCAAGACGGUGCCAACAUCCCGCCCAGCUACUGGGUCGAUUACCUCAACACAGCGACAGUUCAAAACGCCAUUGGUGUCGACAUCAACUAUACGUCCACGAGCAGUGAACAAGUAUGGAUCGGCUUUGACUACACCGGUGACUUCGUGUAUCCAAACUUAUUACAAGAUCUUGAAAGCCUUCUUGCGAAAGACGUCCGCAUUGCGAUGAUCUAUGGCGAUGCUGACUAUAUCUGUAACUGGAUGGGUGGCGAGGCUGUAUCACUAAAGGUGAACUACACACAUUCGACAGAGUUCGCAUCGGCAGGAUACGCACCCUUUGUUGUGGACGGCGUCGAGUACGGCGAGAGCCGACAAUACGGAAACUUUUCCUUUACGCGAGUUUACGAGUCAGGCCACGAAGUACCAUACUACCAACCUGUCGCUGCCUUAGAGCUCUUCAAGCGCGUCUUAAGCGACCUAGUCAUUGCGGACGGAAACGAGAAGGUGACGGCGACGUAUAAGAGUAACGGUACUGCCGAAGCUACGCAUACGAAUAGCUACACCACUUAUUUUACUGGAAGACCCGGGGACUGGAAGAGUUAGAAACGUUAUAAUGUUAGACUUAAUGUGUUAAGCGUAAUCUAAUUAUUAGCCUGGAUUUCCUGAAGUGUCCAAGGUUUGGGUGCAUGUAAAGCAAAUGAUGUAAAUUUAUGGUGUUUUUGACAAACCACGUUUAAAUAUCAUUGCGCUGACUUAUUAUUUUAGGAAUGAA